AUGUUUCCUACGCCUUCUCAAUCAAAACUCCCAGUGAAACCAAUCCCUGGUGACUAUGGCCUCCCUUUCUUUGGUGCAAUCAAAGAUCGUCUAGAUUAUUUCUACAACCAAGGCAGAGAUGAGUUCUUCAGCACCCGUGUUAAAAAAUACCAAUCCACAGUGAUCAAAACCAACAUGCCUCCUGGUCCUUUUAUUGCUCAAAAUCCCAGAGUCAUUGCUGUCCUCGAUGCAAUCUCGUUCCCAAUCCUUUUUGACACUGCCAAAGUCGAAAAAUUUAACGUUCUUGAUGGCACUUACUUACCCUCUCUGUCCUUCACUGGAGGAUACCGUGUUUGUGCAUAUCUUGAUCCUUCUGAGCCCAAUCACACCUCUCUCAAAUCCUAUUUUAUUUCUGUCCUCGCAUCGAAGCACAAAGACCUUGUCCCCCUCUUUAAAACUUGCUUGUCUCAAAUGUUCAUUAACAUUGAUGACGAAAUGGGUUCCAAAAAGAAAGCAAAUUUCAAUGACCCUAGUGAUGCCAUGUCUUUCAACUUUGUUUUUCGUCUAUUUAGCGACAAAGAUCCAUCCGAAACGAAGCUUGGAUCGGAUGGACCUGCCAUUGUAGAUAAAUGGGUCGGCUUACAACUUGCACCCCUUGCAACCCUUGGAUUACCAAAGUUUUUGAAAUAUUUUGAAGAUCUUUUGUUGCAUACAUUUCCAACACCAUUUUUCCCAGUAAAAUCUGAUUAUAAGAAGCUUUAUGAGGCAUUUUAUGAGUCUUCGAGCUCGGUUUUAGACAAAGCAGAGAGUUUUGGGAUCAAAAGAGAUGAAGCUUGCCAUAACCUAGUGUUUAUUGCUGGUUUUAAUGCUUAUGGGGGCAUGAAGGCUUGGUUUCCUACUUUGAUCAAGUGGGUUGGCACAGCAGGAGAGGAGUUACACAGCCAACUUGCCAAUGAAAUCAGGAGCGUUGUUAAGGAAGAAGGUGGGGUCACUUUCCAAGCAUUGGAAAAGAUGAGUUUGACCAAAUCAGUUGUUUAUGAAGCCUUAAGGAUGGAACCUGGGGUCCCAUUCCAAUACGGUAAGGCUAAGGAGGAUAUUGUGGUCACUAGUCACGAAGCAGCUUAUGAGAUCAAGAAAGGUGAAAUGAUCUUUGGAUAUCAGCCGUUUGCCACAAAGGAUCCUAAGGUUUUUGAUAAUGCUGAGGAGUUUGUGGGCCAUAGGUUUGUGGGGGAAGGAGAGAAGCUAUUGAAGUAUGUUUAUUGGUCAAACGGGCGUGAGACUGAGGAUCCAACGGUGCAUAAUAAGCAGUGUCCUGGGAAGGAGAUAGUGGUGCUCUUGUCUAGGCUAUUGUUGGUGGAGCUUUUCCUGCGUUAUGACACGUUUACUGUGGAGACUGAUGCUUUACCAUUUGGAUCAUCGGUGACAUUGACUUCUUUGAUCAAGGCUACAAGCAUUUGA